AUGUCUCCUUCGGCUGCGGCCAUCGCCAUGAUCUUCUCUGGCCUGCUGCCCUCGGCAUUGGCAAGCACAUGCAGCAACGCCACGCAACCGGAACCCUAUGCUCUCACUUCUCAGGGCCUUGUCAAGGGGUUCCAUGAUGCAAGCUGCAGUUCGGUUUUUCUAGGUAUCCCAUUUGCUGCGACAACGGCUGGCGAAAACCGAUGGAGGGCGCCGCAAAAUGUGCCGAAAUCGAACUCAACGGUGGUCGCAACGUCCUACGGUCCAACUUGUCCUCAAGCAAUUUCUGGCACUCUUUAUAGCCAGCAGGACGAGGACUGCCUCAAUCUCAAUAUCUGGGCACCCUCAACGGGAGAGAACUUGCCUGUGUUCGUCUACAUGUAUGGAGGUGCCAUGGUCACAGGAUCCAGCAGCAAUCCUCAACUCCAGGGGUCCAACUUUGCCCGCAACGGCGUCGUGUACGUCAACUUUAACACGCGCGAGAGUAUCUUUGCCUCGCCGUACUCGGCGGAACUCAACGAGGCAUCUCCUGAGGAGUCACAAAACUUCAGUAUUUUGGACGUCGAAAAGGCUCUUGACUGGGUUCGUGAGAAUAUCCAUGCAUUCGGAGGCAACCCCGACCACGUUGUCUUCGGUGGCCACUCGUCCGGAGCCGUGCAGGUCGAUCACUAUCUCUGGAACCACCCGGAUUCGUGGCUCAAGGGAGCGGUACAGAUGAGCGCAAAUGCCAUGUCUGGGCCCGCAUAUGCACCAGUCAACGAAGUACUCGACGCCGUAGCUGCUGAGGUUGGCUGCCCGAAGGCAGGGGAGGGCCAGAUCGACUGCCUGCGCGGAGUGGAUGCGUACGCCUUCCAGACAGCCAAAUUCAACUCGACCUUCAACGCGUGGUUCGCUCCUGUCAUCGAUAAUAUCACAAGGCACUCUGAUUACGCUGCAAGAUUCGCAGCUGGCCACUAUGCAUCGCACGUGCCGCUGCUUGUAGGAAAUUCCAACGGUGAGGGCACCAUCUUCAGUAUUGUAUAUGGCGCCGAAAACAGCAAUUUUAGCUCUUGGAUCAAUACUUUCGAUGCCGAUAGUGCGCAUAUAGAAGACGAUAUCCUUCUAGCCGCGUACAAUGUCUCCGAUUUUGAGACGGAUUCUUUUCGAAGUGGUGCCCAGUAUGGAGAUGCUCGUUUCAAUUGCGCGGUCGACUAUCUGCUCGACAUGCGUAGCGCCAAGCAGGAUACCUGGGUCUACAGAUUCUUUGGAGCUUACGACAACGUCGUUGGAGUUCCGGGCACAGCACCUACGCAUGGAACCGAGGUACCUUUCUUCCACGGAGGCAACGAGUGCUUCAAUUCGCUUGCGGGCGUUACCGAGGCACAGCAGGCGCUAGCAGAUUCCAUUCAUGGUUGGUUCGUGGACUGGAUCAAGAACCCAGCUGCCGGGACUGGAUGGGCCAAGGGGUCGCCGCAGUCUGGGCCUUUGGUGAAGCUCGGAGUCCCUGGUGAUGAGCUGUCCGUCAUUCAGGGGUCAACCGGUGAUUACAAUGCUCGCUGCAAGUCGGUCUACGCACCUGCGUUCCCCAAGUACCCGGUUGUUCAGUCUGCGCUUUAG